AUGAGCGGUACAAAAAAGGUUACGAAGCGACGAGAACUCGGAAGCUCGUCACGGUUUCCCGGGGGUAGUGUCCCCGCUCCCGGGCGAUCGACCCCCACGGGGGAAUCCAGCGAGGGGCGAGUCGCGGGGUUGCCGGCGGGCUCCGCGGCCGAUACGGUUACCGCUGAGGUAGUGAAUGACUGGAGUGCGUGUGAAACACCUGUUAGAGGGAAAGCAGCAGCGCCGAAGUGCCACAAGCAGCUGUCGGUGGUUGUAGAGAGAAUGCCUGCGUCGGCUAUCGGUAAGUCGGAGAGUAGGGGCGACUCCUUGCCUGAUGGCCAGACCGCGGUACCUAUAAGAGGCGAAAACAGUGGUAGUUCCGGAGGGACCGGCCCAAGAGCUGUGUCACGUCCCCCUAGGGAGCGUGGGCCACGAGCUGUGGAAGUAGUAGAGGUGGACACUUCGAGUGGCGAGUCCAGCGAUUCGACGAAUUCUGAUGCUUCGGCUGAUGAUGCGACUGAUGCAGAGCGGAGUAUGAUUUCUCUGAGUAGGAUUGAUAAUUUUCAUGAAAAAAUUCAAUUCGGAAUCGAGGUGGCCAAACAGGCUAUUCGGCAUUUAGCGAAGAGAUUGGAAAAAGCUGAGGAUCGGGAAGCUUCGAAUCUGAGCCUUUACGAGCGCAAAGAUAAGUCGUUCAGGAGUCGAUUGGAGACCAUUCAGAAAGAGAGAGACAGUCUUCGCAAAGAGGUCGGGAUUUUAAGGAAGGAACUCCAGGACUGUAGAGCGCAAGGACGAGAGGAGCGUGGUGAGUCUGGCCAACUGCUACAGGUCUCUUCCGUUGGUGGGGGUAGUUCUCACGCGAGUGAGGAUGUCCCUCUGGCGCGCGACCCUUCGUUGGGUGCAGUACCCGGAACGAUACCGGAGGAUAUUGCUACAAUGGAUACUUCGGUACGAGGGGGAAAGGAGAAUGGGACGGAGCAGAUUGUGCCCUCUGUAGAGGCCAACGUUCCGGGGAGAGAGAACCAUCCGGAUUGCCCUCCUCCCUCAGGCCUCGAGAAGAGAGAGUCUUGGGUGCCGGUAACUGGGAAAGGAGGAAAGAGGAAGAAGAAGAGAAAGAGCGGGACGAAUAGUGAUAGUGGCUUGCCCGCGAAUGCAUCGGACGUGGUGACGGACAAUGCCAGCAGUGCAGGGACGCUUAAAGAGGGCCUGUCCUUCGCAAUGGCUGCGCGGGGGACUCGGGAUGCUGCGGUUUCGGGGAAGGAUCCUCGGGUCUGUCCCAGGUCCGUGGCUCCUGCGAAAAGGACCGCACGUGCUGGGACUCGGAAGAGAAGCUCCGCGGUGAUAGUUAUACGGUGCAACGAGGGUGGCCCAUCUUACGCUGAGGUAAUGGGUGAGGCGAGGUCGAAGGUUCCCUUGGCGGAACUGGGUAUAGUGGACACCAGAUUAAGACGUGCGCAGACUGGCGGUCUGCUGAUUGAGAUCCAGGGAGAGGACGCUGGUACAAAGGCGGACUCCCUAGCGGAAAGGCUCAGCUCCCUCUUUAAAGAGCGAGAAGAUGUGAGGGUGAUACGCCCAAUUAGGAGAAUGGAGUUCCGUCUCGUUGAUCUGGACGAGUCCGUAACGGCCGACGAGAUCAAGGAGGCUGUCGCGGCGAGAGGAAGAGUACCCCUGAGCGACGUGCGGGUUGGACCUUUGAGACCCCGAGGGGGAGGUCUCAACAGCGUUUGGCUGCAGUGCCCUGAGCCCUGCGCGGAGACGAUAAGAAAGGACGGAGGACUGCAGGUGGGGUGGUCGCGAGGGCGACUGAUACCAUUGGCCAGGAGGAGGCUCCAGUGCUACAGGUGCUUAGCGGUGGGACAUACCAGGGUCAACUGCAGGAGCGCCGUGGACAGGAGCAAUAGAUGCUUUAAAUGCGGAAAGGAGGGGCACAAGAUGAUCGACUGUCGGGCUUCGCCUCAUUGCCCUGUGUGCGCGGCGAGGAAUUUGCCGGCUGGACAUAGGGCUGGUGGAGACGGUUGUGCUCCUUACAACGGCUUGGUGCGUGCGACCGUUGCCGCUGCCGCGACCGUCCCUGAGUCGGGGAGUGUUCCCCCCUCGGAGGAUGCGAUGGUGGUGGACGGCUAG